GCAACACAUGGCAAAUUCUCGCCAGCCCGAUCCAACCCGAUCCCCAAGUCACACUGACUAAAAACCGUUGACCCCCAAUAUAAAAGCAACGGUUGUUCACCGCACUAAAGUUUGUUCCUCCUAGUCCACCUCAGUGGUCAGUAGGUGGUGCAGCAUACAUUCGAACCUCACACGCGCAUUUUUCGGGUCCUUUCUAGAACGGCGACGCGACGUCUUGAAUUUUCGCAUCACCCUACUACCAACAACGACGCACCGACUAAAAUUUGCGGGAAAAGAAAAGCCCUUCUUUGACAACAUACCUAGCUGCUAACACACGUGCGCUGAACGCUCGACGACGACGGACGCAGCUAGUGCUCUCACGCCGGUGACUUGGAUGCUCGCGCGAGCGAGAAACCCGUGAACGCGACCGUCUUGUCCGUGUUGGCGCGCGAUCGCCGCUACCAGGUCCUAAUCUGAACCGUCGAGGCGCGACAUUCGCCAACGGACCGUCGUGGCGUAAGUUCGCUUCUGUCGUGAAUGCCCGGUUGCCCGUAGUUUUGUCCAGCUGUAACGACCCCAAGCACGUGCCAAGCGCGGUUGUGAAGUGCAGUGAGUUCCAGCACGAGCGUUGCUCUCCCGAAAGUUUAGUACAGUGUACCAAAAGAUAAGGCCGGUUGAUCGUUUGCUCGUGGGACAGUGCAGUCUCAGCGCGAGAGUUUAGUGAGACCCACUAGGGGGCGACGACGAAAGUGAGAGUGAGAGUUCCCGAGACCCCAAACUAGCGCGGGCGCCGCUGAAACGCGAGUGGUUUGUUUUUCGAAGCAAUUAUAAAAGUGUUAUUCCGCAUUUUGGCGCCUUUUAGUACCGUAUGAACUGUUGAUACAGAAUGAAGUGGAUUAUUGUGUUAUCGGUGCUAGUGGCGGUGUUGGCCCUGCAAACAUCGGCCGCUGACCGGGAGAAGAAACCGGAGAAGCGACCCACCAAGAAAGCUUCCUCGGCGAAGCCCACCAAAUCACCGAAAUCCAUUGUCGAAGAGUUCACCGGCUUGCCGCCAGAGGAUAUCGACUUCAUCAAGGAACUGGACAAGCAGUUCAACGAAGCCGGCGGAAACAAGCUCAAGAUCAAGGUCCAGCGAGACAACAGUUCCGAAACGAGAAGUAGUAAGCGGACCAUCGACGGUGAACUGGGAUAUGGUCAUUACAACCAUCAUGAAGGAGGGUAUCAUUUUUCCAAGCAGAAAUAUAUGUUAUAUCCCUACGCCCAGCAUACCGGUCACUUGAAAGCCACCCACUCUACUGAGGAAACAGUCACCGAAUUGGAGAUCACACCGUCGCACAGCUAUGAGUUGAAACCCAUCGAAGAGGUCUACCAGGUUUACCCCGAUGGUCACUAUCAGCAAUCAUCACGCGAACAACAAUAUUACGAACAACAACAGCACCAUCAGCAUCAGUCAGAUGAUGAUGUUCCCACGAUUGUCCUGAAGAUUCCUGGUCCUGCUAAAUAUGCUCAACAUCUGCAGGCUCUCCUACAACAAUAUCUAGAAGUUCGCGCUGCCCAGCUGUAUAAAGAAUUCCAGGAACAAGAAUACCAUCAUCAGCAACAGGUCAUUGCACAGCAACAACAGUUGCUAGUUCAGCAGCAACAGCACCACCAACACCAACAGCAGCUGCAAGCACAACAGCAUUAUCACCAUGGUCACCAACAUCAGGGUCACCAAGCACAGCCAACCAAGUACAGUCAACCUGAUCCAUAUCAAACCGAAGAAGUCUACGUCCCAAUGUACAAUGCUGGUCACGGCAAGUUCGUACCUGUUCACGGUCACUACUAUGAGUCCCCAAGAAAUCGACCAACACAACCAUCCUAUCGCAAGCCAUCACCAACUCCAACCCACGUCGCUUAUCACAGCUCUCCGGAACCUGACCAUCAAUCCUAUGAAUACGAAACCUACCAUCAGCCUCAAGCCGUUGCUCAUCAACAGCACCAGCAAGUUCAGUACCAAUACGUACACCAACAGCCUCAAACUGCCCCUGAACAACAGCAAGAAGAAUACGUCUAUCAAAAACCCGUUGUCAACUUCGUUACUCCUACUCCAGAUCACGAUGACCACGAAGAACACUACCAUCACCAAGCUCCUCCCAAAUACCAGAACUUCGCACAGUACCAUGCUCAGCACAAACCACAACACCAGGAACCCGAGGAAUACCUCCCAGAACCCAAACUGGUCGAAAACUAUCCCAGCGACAAGCACACUCGGGUCGUCUACAAACCACAAGCCGUCAAGGCCCAGCUCCAGCAGGCCUCCGAAGAACAACCCGAGUACCAUACCGCUCACCAUGCCCCACAACCAGAAGAGCACGAUCACCAGCAACAGCAGUACAUCUACCAAGCUGUAUAUCCCUCACAAACUCCGUACUUGGAAAACAAAGCUUUCAUCGAACCAGUGACCCCGGAAGCGAUCAACGACCUCCAUAGCCAUGGUUCAUCUCCGGAACCGGAAAUCGAAUCACCCUACAAUACCGAACCGAUCGUUGCCAUCACCCAGAAACCGAAAGCAGCCAUCUACAACUACCACGCCAACACGCCCCGGUCCAACUCUGGCCACCAUCGGAUGCAUGCCACCAGAUCGGCCAGUGGCAGUGGAAGCAGCUCCAGCAAAUCCGCUAGCUCCAGCCGCAGCUCGUCUUCGUCUAGUUCCGAUCGGAAAUCCUCCAGCAAACGGGACGCCCCGUACACCGAGGAGCAGUUCAAAAAGAUCAACAAGAUGGUGCACCGGAUGAAGAAGAAGACCCUCAGCAGCACGGCUUCGACCACGGCCCGGAGUGAGACCGACGCCAACAAAAGUCAGUAAGGCCCCACCCUUGGGGAGCCACAAGGGCUUCGCGAUGUAAAUGUAUUUUUAGUUGCGCAGAUUUACUAGUUAGGAGUUUAUUAUUUAAAUUAUUAACCCGAUGGAAGCUCGAUGAAAAAAAAAGAUUGUGGAAGAGUGCGUGAUGCACUCGUACAAAGAAAAAGAUUUAGGAUCUACGAUGAUGCCGCCAUAAUGAUAGUCCUCUUUUUGGAAAAGUACUCGUUUUGAUUGUUGCAAGGCUCCAAAAUUCCCGACAGUGGGAUUUGACAAUAGACAAUUAUGACGCAGAAAACGAAAUCGACCUUACCGGAGGCUCCACGGAAAUGCUUCGUGGAAGCAAAGUUUGUACUUUUGAUUGAUACUCGAACCGACCAAUCCGUGAAACUUACUCUAACAAAAUGCUCAUGUUUAUCGUAGAUAGUCAAACGAUUUAGUUGAAUAAUGGUAGAGUUGACGCAUAGACAGUAUUUAGCAGUAGCUAUGAAUAAAUAAGUAAUAAAACACCAAAACAUGUUA